GGGAGGGAGGUAAACAAGAAACAGCUGAGAGGCAGAUACACACAGUCAGUCACAGUCAGUCAGUCAGUAUCUUCCGGGAUGUACCAACACGUCCACUACACAUUAAUGGCGGCGUUCCAGGAAACCUUCGCAUCAACGGAAAAUCAUGUUAGGCUGAGAAAUGAAGCCCAUAUUAUCAUAAGAUAAGGAAGAAAAGAAGUGUGUGUGCUAGAGAUACUGCUCUCUACGCCCUGUAUUGUAAACGUACAGUACAGUCUUUAUAACUAUCUCGAAGGACCAGGUAUGGACCACUAUUCAUUAAGGUGAUACAGAAUACAAGGUGUUUCACCACAUCUCUGACAGAACAAAUGAAGCACUGAGUUAAUACAGAAAGAUACAUGACUGUGGAAAUUUAAUAGAAGAAUUGAAACACAGAAGAUAGUGACAAGGAUGAAGAAUAACUCCUGUCAUCAUUUGUGACCUUUGAUGUUGUUAAGAGAAACUGACAUUGUUGGUGUUCAGUGUCAGGGUGGGAUGAUAUGGUGGGCCUGGGAUGGUACGCCUGGUUGGUGGUGUGUGUACUGUGGUGGGUGUUGUCGGUAGAAGUGACCACGUCUCUGCCAGAUGACCUCCUCACCAUCACGGUACUCAUGACCCUCCAGUACUCAUUCAUGCUGCUGUUCAUCAUCUCGGCCGCUCACCUUUACCGCACAGUGCUGCCCCAUCCUGCCAGUGGCAUCGUUGGAAGCUGGUUCACUUGAAAAUAUGAUCUGUAAUAUUAUUCUAGUGUAAUGUGUACUUAAGAAAAUGGAUUGUGAAUAUACAGUACAUGUUAGUGAAGUCAAUGAUAAAAUAUCAUUAUUAUAAUUUGUGAAAUAUAGUGUACUGUACACCCAGUAAGUAAACUAUCACACCAUAUAAUUGACUAAAUCAAAAGUAAAGGUAAAAUAGUAUGAUUUAAUCCUCACAACAGACAGUCUUGAUGAGAACAUAACAUAUUACUUUGGCUGAAAUACGACACAGCCAGACUUAGCAUGGUGGUGUCUAUGGCAGGAGUGUUGGUGGCGCUGGCGGUGGUGGCAGGUCAUGUCUGGAUCGUCUAUGUGUCGGCCCCUCACCUCCUCCCACCAGACGCUUGGCUCAUCACAGCCCUGGACCUGUUAGCUCACUGGGCCUUAGUGUGGGAGAUCACUGCCUUCUGUAGCUUCCUGAAUGAUGUGGAAAUAAAGGGAAGUGGAGGUGGAUUUGUUUCUGAACUAAGGAACAGUUGGAUAUAAGGAAAAUUUUAACUUUCAUUAGUUAAAAUUUUUCUUACCUGAGAAAUUUUUAUGUAGACAAUAAGUGACAUAUUUUUCUUAAACAAAUUGACAUUUUUUAAACACUUAAGGCACAAAAUCCAACACCACGAGAAUUCUUUACUGUUUAAGGAAAGAUUGUGUAUUGAUUAUCACUAUUGUAAUGCCACUGUGUUAUACAUCUAAGACUGGAAAAUAUAGCUGCUACAAAUAUGGCUGCUGGUUUAAGUAAAGAAUUCCAAGUUCUAGAGAUGCAGCAGCCAGUUGGUGAUGUAGAGGAUGUGGACAGUUUACAGGGUGGUCACAGAAUAGACUCUUGUGACGUGCAGUGUAAGUUGAGCGGCGACAACCCGGACGUUCAUUCUGUGCCCGAGUCGGUAUCAUCCACACCAACCUCAGGAACCGAGUACAAAUCAUGUAGCAAUCCUUCAACUCCAGAGAAACAAAGAAAUUUGGGUAGAAAGGGAUCAGUUACAGCACAGUUGGAUGCCACAUGUAGUGUUAAUAUGAGUGCUAACAUUGCCAAUAAGCUGAACCAGAUGCGAGGGUCCGGGGAAAGUUUGGACAGCGGAUCACACAAUAGUUUUGAAGAAAUUGAGGUGAGGGAAGAGUUCAGUCGACUGCCUCCAGACUUCGGAUCCAGAACCACCCCACCCCCCAGCAGCAGUAGGAGGGUCUCCUCACAAAAGCCUUCACUUCGGCAGGUAUUCCCCUUUAUUUCCUGCCUUCCGUUUGAAAACAAUAUUGUAUUUUGUUUUGUUUUGUCCGUUUGGGAUAACAUAGUUGGUCCACAGACUGUUUACGUUUGGAAGAGGAAAGCCUUUCCAUCACAAAGAACCUUUGAUGACCUGUACGAGGAUAAUGAAGGGAUUGACGUGGGCAAAGAGAGUACAAAGUUUGGUAACCCAGUGUUUCAACAGAGUGAAGCACGAUCAGAAACACAUCUCUCUACACUCAUGAAAGAGGAAUAUAGACGAGGCAAGAAGAAACAAAACAAGAAUGGGUCUCGCAGGUCAAAUAUUGCUUCUGGUCACUUAGAAGCUAAAUCCUCGAUUGAACUUGAAAGACUUUCACUGUCUAAUACAGGAAAGAAUCUGGUAGACAGUAGUGUGAAACAAGUCAUUCAUAAAGAAACUCCAGGCUCGGAGUACGAAGAAAGCUCGAGCAUAGGUAGUGUAUUCCCGUCUGCUGCUAAGGACCAGGAAGAUACAGCGUCACAGGAGGAGAUGUCUCAGAUAAGCAGUGAUUUAGAGGAUGAAAUAUCCCCUGAAGACAGAACUGUGAAGCCGGUCCCACUCAUCACUGUUGGUCAGAGAUCCACUGAUGAACCAGAGGGACAAGAGUUUGGGAGCGGUUGGUCUUGUGGUCGCAGUCGACUACGAAUAGGGAAGGUGGUGUGGUACGUGACGGUGCACAGUGUUGGGGUAGGUCAGGUGGGACCGUCGUCGGAGAAGAUAGCCUCAUCACUCCACGUCGUGCCUCAUCAGGGCAUUAUUAUUGUGGCUGCUCGGUUUAGUGUGGAGGAAGAAGACGGUGCAGUGCCCUAUUGUCUGUCUAUGGUGGUGCCUCUGGAGGAGUACAAGAAUUUCCUCCCCCUCACAGACACGGUCACCACCUGGCUAGUCACUAUUGCUGCUACUACCAGGCUCCUCACCACGAAAUAUGGUCUUGAAGGUGGUGGACGUGUAAAGAGCAAGCUGGUGGAGCUGUGUGAUGUUUUAGUGGCCUUACGAAGUGCUAGUCUGGAUCAGUAUCCCCUUACCCCAGCCGGUCGUCCCCCUGAUGACCGCACCUUUGCCGAGAUCAUCCUCACGUCGCACCUACAGACUAUGGGAUGUACAGUAGUUGUUGCUGACUCGCCUAAUGCAGCUAAUAAGGUGGUGAUGUGGAUCGCCCAGUUUUCCGACCCCAGUACCCUCCCGGCUUCUAGACUCUGCCUCUCAUACACACAGUGGCCAUUCCAUCCUGGACUGUUUAUUCAGGGUAUUGUUAGAAGCUCAAGUGGGGAAGUGAACCUCUCUGCACAGAAACUGAUCCAGUCAACACAUCCAUUGACUGUUGUGGAUGUGAAUUGGGGCACAGUCAAGCAGACCGGCGCUCCUGAUGUUCAUGCCCGACGCAACUCCUCCGCCUUACACCAGGAGCUGCUCUCUCUCUGGCAUGACUUACCUGAUGUGUCUGCACCAUCAGAAAGUCUACUGGAACCUGUACGUGUAGCAGCCCCACUAGUCAAGCGCUUCCUGCAUGAUUAUGACCGCCUCAGUUCCUGCAACAAUGAAGUGCGACACAAUUUUAUUCGGGCAUUCCUGCGUUCUCUCCAGUACACAGCCUUGGCCCUCAUCACCUGGACUCAGCAUGAAUGGUCAGUGCAGCGAAGGCGGUCGGGUUAUGGGUCUCUCCGUCGAGCUCUUGGUUCAGUCUUUGACUUGGACGAAGCAGACCUGAGGGUGGUGUUGGCCCAGGCGGAGAUCCUCGAGCCAGGGUUCUAUUCCUACGUCACAUCCAUGUCUCACUAAAUACAGUACACAUAACUUCCAAUACUGUACAACGUUAAGCUGGUGAAUAAUUAUGAGAGAGACCGGAAUACUGAAGUGUGUUUCUCAACUUAAUUAUGUGAUGAAUUAUUGGACAUUCCUCAUUAUGAAAAUUUUUAUGAUUUAUUGAACUGUAAGGAUAACCUGUUGUGUCAGAAGUUAUUUAUUCGGUAUUACAAAUUUUUAAAAAUUCACUAUAUUUAAUUUAGUGUGGGAAAACGAUCAAGAUUUACCAAGUUAUAUGAUUGUCAAAUAUAAUAAUUAAAAGGAUUAAAUAUUCUAACUUAAUUUUUACUUUGUUUUAGAUAUUAUUAUUUGGGAAUAAAUAGAUAAAUCUCUUAAGGUUGAUUUCUCUAACAAUUGUGAAUGAAUUAUUUUAGGAAGUUGCUCAUGAUAAUAAAUGUUGCUGGAAGGGGUUCAUGGAUCUUAUCAAACUUUUUUAUUAUAUGAUACUGUACACAAGUUUAACAAAUGAAUAACUUUAUGGCACAAAGUCAUUUUAUGAACGACUCUAAAUUCCACGUACUGUACCAUACAUUAACGAGUUAUCUCUUCGACAUAAUAGUGAUCCCAGAUACAAUGUUUGUAACCUGUUGUGUUAUUUCCUGCCAAUAGGUCCUGAAGAAUUGACUAAUCUAUUCAUUGAGGUCAUAUACUAUGCAAAUUUAAAUAAAAAAGUGCUGAAGUUAAUAUUAUACUGUGUAAGAUUUGUAAGCACUGGUUCAAGUUCUCUAUCGCGUGUAGCAAUCAGACUUCUUCACCCAUCAAAAUAUUGGUGAAAAAAAUAGAUUUUGGGUUAAGGUUCAAAUGCAGAGGAAAGUUGUUGGUUUGAUCAUGAAAAGAAUAAAGUCAUUCUAUUGUUGACGAUAUUUUGGAUACUCUUGUGUCAUCUUAGAUUCCUUGGCAAUAUUUAUUACAAGAGAAAAUGUUUUAUGCAUGUAACUAUUGUGUAGACAUUGUUUCUCGACACAUCUAGUCGCCGGACUAUUUUGGCAAUCUUCGGUUUACCACUUGAUGUUGACAUUUAAGUGAUGGAUCAUCGUGUCUGUGUAUUUUGAUGUUUAAAGAACUUGUUCAUUCACUCACACUAAGUAGAUUCAUUCAUUGUCAGAUUGUAGAAAAUUAUAUUUAGUUAAAAGAAUAGAUCAUUAAAUAUUUACUUUAAAAUUAUAUCUCAUAAAAAACCAUUGUCUAAUGGCUAUUAUUAAAAAUUGUGAGAAGAAAUAGGGUUAGUGAAUCUUUAAUUGGUAAUUUGUGCUUUCUUCAAAAUAUUGUAAGUAAAUUAUGAUAUAAGUUAAUGCAUGAAGUGAUCUUUCGUGCCUUUAUAAAACAAACAACUUGGCCAAAAUGCUGUUAUUCCAUUCUUAGUUGUAGACUUUUAAGGAUGUUGAAUAUUUACAUACACAUUUUUGGAUCAACUUCGUUCAAAUAAAAUGGAAAUUCAACUAGAAAGAUAGGUACUUAUGUAAAUUACAAGAUAUUUUGAAGUGCAGUGAUAUCCCCGUUACCCGGAACAAUUGGUGCAGAGCACUUCCGGGAAUGAGAUUUCCAGGUAACGAGAACGACUCUCUCUAAGCCGGAAAAAAUCCCUCAUUCCCAGAAUUUUUCAGGUAACGGAAAAAUAUUCUCAGAAUUUUCCUGUAUAUGUGCCCCUCGGAAAAUCGUUUCCAAAGCCAGAAUUUUCCGGAAAAUUGUGGUUUAGAGAACGAUUUUCCAAGAAAAUUUCAAUUCCGGCUAGCAGAGAGUUCCGGGUUUGAUGGAUUCCGGCUAACAGAUAUUACUGUAUUUGUAAAAGUAAAGUAAUUUGGUAAUUUAUAUACAUUUAGAAUUUUGCCCUAAGUUAAUGUCAUAAAGGAAGUUGAUUACAAAUUAUGUGUACAGUAGUAGAAGGUGCUUGAGGCAGGGGUGGGUGGGGAAAUGGGAGUCACUAUAAGCACAUGAAGUAGAGCAGAUCUUGGGCGUUUUCUCUGCCAUCCACUGUUAAGAGUAAGUUCCGGUGUUACCGUCUCGAGAACUACACUUACUUUAGACGAAGUACUUUUUUUAUGGUUUGUUAGUAUAUUAUAAGGUAUUGGCCUUGUUGUCAGUGCUUCAUGUAGACAAUUAAUAUUAGUUUGGGCCAUCUUUGAUAAUGGAAUGGGGUUUAGUGGAUAGGUUCAUUUACAAGAGAAUUUUUUUUUUUUACUUUGUAACUUGACCUUGCAUGUUUGUUUAUAGCUUAUAAUUAUUUAUAGCUUGCUUUUCAUUCCAUAAAAAAAAAAAGUUGAGGUCCUAGUUAUUGCUCAAUAGCUACUGGUAAAAGGAAUGUGAUAAAACCCGCCAUUAUACUUGCGAGUCUUGACGUUUGUACGUACUGUAAUGUCUCGGCUUUUAUAUGAACGAUAUAUUGAUAUGAUAAAAUUUACUGAGGAUGGCAUUAGUCUUAAGUUUUGGCAUGCAUACAUGUGUAUCUGUGUGUUUGUACUCAUGCACGUGUGUUUGUGUAAUUGUGCACAUAUUUGUGGGUACUCGAGCAUGUGUGUGUAUAUUUGGUUAUGUAAUUGUGUGCGUGUGUACUCAAGUACUUAUGUGUGCGCGUACAAAUGAGUAAGGCCGAGAGAACAUUAAGCUUGUUCUAUACUUCAGUUAAUGGUGCAUGCUGAGAGCAAUCAGGCAAAAUAUGUUCUGUGAUUAUAUGCCUUAUUCUUUGCCACCAGUUUUCUAUUGUGAGAGCAUGUAAAUAAUUUGAAAGAUCUUUAAGCUACAGUUUUUCAUAUAGGAAAGUACAUUAAUAUAUUGUUGCUUGUAGUUUAUGACAGUUUAAAAAAAAAGCCUGUCCUGUAAAUCAUGUACAGAAAAGUUACUCAAAAUAAACUAAUAUUGUUCCUUUACCUCUUGAAUAAAUUAUAUGCUACA